GAGGUGCGCAUGCGCGCGCGAUAGAGAGGAGUCGCGGGUCGAACGGAGCUGAUCAGAAUAGAGCAGAGCGCGGACUGUGAGGCUGUACGGCGGCGCGGAGAGCAGCAGCGCACAGACACCUAUCGGCUUUAUACACUUUUUUUUCCCCCUCCUCCCUUUUUAAAACCCUUUCCCCCCCCCCUCCCCAAUCCCCGUUCUCUUUGUUCGGAAGAUUAGCUUGAGUUUGAUUUGACAGCUUCAAGCAAAUACACCGCAUCAGAAAUCCACCCUUCCCGGCGAAAAGAAAGAACCGUAAAACUUUUUCUUGUCGGUCUGGGGUUUUUUUUUCUGGUGGAAGAUCUUUUUGUAUUUUUUUUUAGUUAUGAGUCAUGUGGCCAUCGAAAAUGUACUUGGUCUGGAUCAGCAGCUUGCUGGCCUAGACUUGACAUCUUCUGCAGGUGAUGCCCAGAACGCAGGAGGGCCAAGCAAAGGACGCUAUAUUCCUCCCCAUUUAAGAAAUAGAGAGGCAUCCAAAAAUGUUUAUAAUCCACUUGGAGCAAAUCACUCUAAUUUUCCAAUGUUGAGGAAUUCUUACUCAAGAGGCCCCUGGCAAGAGGUGGACCUGUACCAAAACUGCAACGGUGUCUGGCUGGACAGAAGGGGUUACGGCUUUGAUAAAGAUGAUGGAGGAUGGAGCAAUAAAGAUGUCCGAGAUCCCUACAGUAGCUUUGGGUCACGUGAUCGAGGGAAAUCUAGCCUCUUCAGUGAUCGUGGAAGAGGAAGGUUUGACGACCGUGGAAGAAACAAUGACAGUGAUCAGUUUGGAAGCCGCAAUGACCGUGGAGGGUUUGGCAGAAUGGAACGUGGAGGAAACAGUCGCUGGGUAGAAGAUAAGCGCGAUGAAGAUGAUUGGUCAAAACAACAGCCAGCAAAUGAACGCACGGAACAGGAGUUGUUCUCAGCAUGUAACACUGGAAUCAACUUUGAGAAAUAUGAUGACAUUCCUGUUGAGGCGACUGGUGCAAACUCUCCUUGUCAUAUUGAAACUUUCCAAGAGGUAAAUAUGGGAGAAAUAAUAAUGGGUAACAUUGAGCUGAGUCGCUAUGAUCGUCCAACUCCUGUGCAGAAGCAUGCAAUCCCCAUCAUUAUAUCAAAGAGGGAUUUGAUGGCCUGUGCCCAAACAGGUUCUGGGAAAACUGCUGCAUUUUUGCUGCCCAUUCUAAGCCAGAUUUAUGCAGAAGGCCCUGGUGAAGCUUUGAAGUCUGCAAAGUCUCAAGAUUCCAAUAGAUAUGGUCGCCGUAAGCAAUAUCCACUUGCUCUGGUCUUGGCACCUACAAGGGAACUUGCUGUGCAGAUAUAUGAUGAGUCCAGGAAGUUUGCCUAUCGCUCUCGAGUGCGUCCUUGUGUCGUUUAUGGAGGAGCUGACAUUGGGCAGCAGAUCAGAGAAUUGGAACGUGGAUGUCACCUUCUUGUAGCAACUCCUGGCCGUUUAGUUGAUAUGAUUGAGCGAGGAAAGGUUGGAUUGGAUUUUUGCAAGUAUUUGGUACUAGAUGAGGCUGACAGAAUGCUGGACAUGGGAUUUGAACCACAGAUUCGCCGUAUUGUUGAGCAGGAUGCGAUGCCACCAAAAGGUGUACGUCAAACUUUGAUGUUCAGUGCAACAUUUCCAAAGGAGAUCCAGAUCCUAGCCCGUGACUUUCUGGAUGAAUACAUAUUCUUGGCUGUGGGUCGUGUAGGUUCCACCUCUGAAAACAUUACUCAGAAGGUAGUGUGGGUGGAAGAAUUAGAUAAGCGCUCAUUCCUCCUUGAUCUUCUGAAUGCCACAGAUGCAGGAAAAGACUCCCUAACUCUGGUCUUUGUGGAGACAAAGAAGGGAGCAGAUGCUUUGGAGGAUUUCCUUUACCGUGAGGGUUAUGCUUGUACCAGUAUCCAUGGUGAUCGUUCUCAGAGAGACCGAGAGGAGGCUCUGCAUCAUUUCCGCUCUGGAAGAUGUCCAAUCCUGGUUGCCACUGCUGUUGCAGCUCGUGGACUUGACAUCUCUAAUGUCAAGCAUGUGAUCAAUUUUGACCUCCCAAGUGACAUUGAGGAGUAUGUGCAUCGCAUUGGACGUACAGGCCGUGUUGGUAACCUUGGACUGGCCACCUCAUUUUUUAAUGAGAAAAACAGCAACAUUACUAAAGACCUUCUGGACUUGCUGGUGGAAGCUAAGCAGGAAGUACCUUCUUGGCUGGAAAACCUAGCAUAUGAGCACCAGCAUAAGGGCACUGGGCGUGGACGUUCCAAGAGCCGUUUUGCAGGAGGAUUUGGGGCCAAAGAUUACCGGCAGACCAACAACAGCUUCAAUGCCCGUGGAAAUCGCAACACUGGAGGCACCAGGGGAUUUGGUGGAGGUGGUUAUGGAAACUACUACAAUGCUGAUGGAUACGGUGGAGCUUACAACUCCCAGGUGGAUUGGUGGGGAAAUUGAAGAUCAUAUUGUAGUGGAUGCCACCUUGCCAAACAAGCUAAAUGGAAACCACAUGUAACUGAGCCAGACUAUACCUUGUGUAGCUUCAAGAACUCGCAGUACAUUACCAGCUGUGAUUCUCUGACUUUUAAAGGGAGCUCAAAUGCAAAAUGAGAGACAACAGUAGCAGAGGAACACAAACCCUAGACCGUGGAGAAAAUGUGGCCGUAAACAGCACUAGAAUAUUGGCUGUAGAUGUUAAACUGUGCUGCAUUUAAAUAGUUUAUUUCUCUGUAACUGAGGAUCAUUUGUAUGUUAAUGUACUGUGCCUUUAUAGAGGAACUUUUAUUUUUAAUGUCCUACUGGUUCAUUGGGCCUGAGUUCUCGCAAUCAUUCUCUAGCACAAUCUGAGAGAGACUUGGGCAAAAACAAACCUUGGCAGAAGUGGGGUGAAAUGGCUUUACCAGGAGUCAUUUUCCCAGUUGCACUUAACAUUGUUACAAGGCUGAAAAUAAGCAGCGAACUCCAUUAGGGCCUUGACAUGCGCGACCUUUAAAGACAACUUGGGGCAUUCGCAGCAUUCUGAUCCCUGAUAUGGGGCUGAUGUUGCUCACUCUAUCCUGGAUAGAUACCCGUUGGGGUCAUGGUAGUCUUACAAGCCAUUCCAACAAUGUGUACAGUGUCAAGUUUUAAUGCACUGCUGUUUCCAAUUACUACAUCUCAGCAAAUGCAAAAUGUUAACUCUUGACUUUGAAUAACUUGACGACAUUAAAGGCAGCUAGUUAACUAAUUCAGGCUAGCCUGGAGUUGGCAGAAGGUAGCUAGGAAUGUAUUUUUUUAAGGGUUUUUUAAAACUUGAAGUUUUGAUAUGGAUGAAAAUACCAUCCAUCAAAUCUUAAAUGCCUGCCAUAUCUAAAAGGAAAUUUGGAAUUGCAGAAUGGCUAAAUGGACCACAGCACCGAGUGACUGUACAGGCGGAUUGCUGAUUUGGUCUGAUACGCAUGCUAGUGUUGUUGUUUUUUGGUCAAGGGGAAAGAACAGAAAGAACUCUGCAGCAGGCUUCUUUACUGAAAAAAAAUUACAUUUGCGUAUAUUCAAGCUGCGUUAUGAAGUUCAGAAAAGCCGCAUUUAACUGUUUACUGUAGAUUCUGUAAAGUUGCUCCACUAGGGUCUGAAGUUCGAUGCUUGGAGAUCACAGAGAAAGGAAAUGUACACACAUUACUGCACAAGGUGCCAACGCUGGUAAUUGACGUAUCCACUACAGCACAGUGGCUUUUUCCUUUUGCACACUGUCCAAUACUUGGACACACAGUCAGUUUAAUCCGCUAAAUCUGGCCAAAGAUUAGUUUUUCCACCUGUUUAAAUGUUGAGCUGUAUAAUGCUGCAGUCAGGUGAAGUUAAGAUAAUGUAAUGCUGCAGUCAGGUGAGCUGAAGACUUUUAAAAACUGCCAUUUUUUAGGGUAGUUUUUCUUAUGGUUUUUCCUGUGGCCAGAAUGCCAGUGUAAAAAGUACUGGAAAUACUGGGUGGUGGAAAGAACUGAAUAGUAGCAAAAAGAACUUCAAAAGUGCAAUACAUCUAUUAUGUGUGUUGUGCCUUCUUGUACUGAAAUUCUCAUCAAUGGAAAGUAAAUGCACUGACAGUAUUGAGCUAAUCUCUAGUGAUGAAUGGUGCUAUACAGGUAGCUUUAGGCCCUUAUACAUUGUGCCCAUCAGGUUUUAUAUAAGAGAUCUAAAUACCUUUAACAAAUUUAUUUUAAUGCACAUUCAGAAAGAAUAUUUUAUAUACAAAUGUCUUGCAUGCAUUUUCUUGAACCUCCAAGUUUUUUUGCAGUGAUUGUCAAACGCAGCUUAGUUAAGGAAGGGGAGGGGGUGGGAAAGAGGCUAGAUACCAAACCAGGACUAUUUUGGGACCAUGGGGUCUAACAGUUGGGAAUUAACUAUUUGCACACAACAGAUCUAGGUAUUUUUGCUGCUAGUUUUGUGUAAUAUUUAUUCAUUUUGACAAAUAUUUAAUUUUUGUGUUUUUGUUUUGUAAGCCUAAAAGUGAUUCUUUGAAAGUUCAUAGAAAACCCGAAAAAGUAACUUGACCAAAAGACAGUCCAAAAACACUGGCACUUGAAUGUUGAAUGUCAACGUAUGCGUGAAUAUAUAUACAUAUAUUUCGGGGUAGCGUGAGCUCUUAUUGUUAAGGUCAUAUUGGACCCAGAGUCAGAAACUGAACCACAACCCACCAUCGGCCUAGUAAUUGCCGUUAAUUCCCAUUAUCCUAUCAAAUUUGUUCAUGUGGGUAAUUUGAUCAAAAUAGAAAUAAAAUAUGCCAAGGUUUGGACAGAGUUUCUUAAAUUCUAGAGGAAAAUGUUUAGAAAACGGCAAAAUGUUGAGGUACUCCAAUUUGUGUUUUUUUAUGUUUAGUGAAUGUCUGGCAAAGAGCAAAUUUAAUACAUGUGGUUAUCACUUUAUUGUUGCAUUUAGUUGCAUUUGCGUAUUAAGUGACUUGGGUAUUCAAUUUCAACACUUCUAAGCAAGCUUGUAGUUUUUAGACCUAACAUUCAUAAAUUGUAGACGUAUACUUCAUGCUGUAAGUUCCUAUAACAUAACUAUUGCAAUGCAUGAAUGUCUCCAGUCUUGCUCAGUGCAUUGAAUACCUUUAGUCACUGUAGAUCUAGAAUUUGCUUUCUGUAAUAGUUUAGAUGCUAUGCUCUGCACCGCAUGAGACAACUCAGCUGUGCAUUACUUGUAUGAUUUUAUCAAUAAAAAGUUUGAGCUGCAUCAA